AUUCACAUAAGACCUCAACAUUAUAUAUUCAUGUACUUUUGUACUUAUUUUGCUAAACUUGUUUCUGGAACAAAAUCACCUGAAGGUCUGAACAUCUGAAAAGUUUCUUGACUGUAUAUAUUCAUACCUGAUCUCCAUUGGUUGUGCAUCUAUAGGAUUGAGACUAAAUCAAGAUGUUGACCACUGCAGCUCUUAUUCUCAUUGUCACCAGUAAAGUUGUCCUAGGAUGGGAUGACAGAGAGCCUGUUAAAGGAGAGAUAUAUCCAUUAGAUAUGGCACCGGAUUCAGUUGAUGACCGAUAUGAUGGUUGUGCAAGUAAUAUGGAAAUUCUAGUGAGAACAAAAUAUCUAAUCAAAGAAAUCACUACAAAUAUAUCUUACUUUGGGGGAGCUUGGAUGUAUAGUACAGGACAAAUCCCUGGACCUGAUAAAUUGAAAAUGCACCAUUUAGUUGCAAUUUAUACAUACAGUAUUUCUGGCCUAUAUACAAAGUUUAAUCCCGAUGUUAGGACAGGUAGAAAAAAAUACAAAGAUGAGACAUACACGUGGUAUUCACUUCACUUUUUCUUGACAGAAGCGAUACAGAUUCUUAAGAAAACACAAAAUAAAUGCAUAACAACUUAUCGUGGUACCAGACUUACAUUUGAUGAGAAUGUUCUGAACAAACAUAUUCGCUUUGGCUCAUUUGCGUCCUCCUCUAUUAAACAGGAAGUAGCAGUGAAAUUUGGAAGUGUAUCAUGUUUUGAAAUCAAUACUUGUUAUGGUGCUGAUGUGUCAAAAUACUCCCAGUAUCCUCAUGAAAAAGAGGUGCUGAUUCCUCCAUAUGAGACAUUUCAAGUCACUGCUAUUAUGAAGAAAGAUCAGAAGAAAAGUGCCUGGUGUAAGACUGUGUUCAUGUUGAAGAGCUCUGGAUUUAGAAGUGACUUAAACUGUGCCAUGUAUUAGUGAAACCCCAGAUAUAACACAAUGCCGGUUUUGCUGGCUGAUUGGCUCUUACAUCUUCAUUCAUUUAGCUUUUUUACAUGAAGUGUUGCUGUCAUUCUACUAACAUUUUAUAAAUCAAUCCUGAUGUUUUUGUUAAAGGUCAAAUGCUUAAGAGCAAUAACAUAAUGUUCAAACCUGUCUCCUUAUCUUCCUCUGAUUCACAGUGAUACGCUUAUAAUAAUGGUCCAGCUUUGCGAGAAAUGUCAGUAUGACUUCAUUCGAUUUCAGCAGACAUAAGUAUUUAAAGUAACCUGCAACUUUAUGUUUUAAACAGAGAUGAUAAUAGAGAAUCAAAAGAUAAAUAUUGCAGCUUAAAGGACCUUGAAUCAGGAUUGUUUAAAUUUUUUAUUUAGAUUAAAUGCUGAAUUAAAUGCAGCUUAAUACAUUUGAUGGAUAGUUUAUGUGUUGUUUUGUUGCAUACUUUGCCAUCCUGCUUUGAAUACAUGCUUAUUAUAUAAAUGUUUUAAAUAUAAAAUUUUAUGUAAGUAGUUCUUAUUAGGUGGGUCUCUGAAAUAACACUUUAUUUUGAUGACUUACGUCUAUUUGUUUAUGCAUCACUUUGGUGUUUCUGU